UAGGACAGACAUGUUGAAAGUUGAAUUAAGUGAGGGACAUGACAGGGACAACAGACAUAUCAUGAAAAGCACAACAAAUAAUGUAUUUUACCAGAAUUGAACCAAUUAAGAUCUUAUAGGACGGUAUUAGAUUGGCACGUGAGUACUGAACCUUUCUCAAGUUGCAUUGCUGCUUGGAAGUGCAGCAAGGGGUCGUAUGAUCGAGGAAAGCAAAGUAAGGAAAGUAAAAGUAAGGAAAGAAAAAAGAAAGAUAGAUUGAGUGAGGCAGUGAAAGAUUCCAGGAUGAGCCUUAGGGUUUACAGCGACCUGAUCUCCAGUCGGGAUAAUGCGCUCCUAUUCAGUCUGCUUGGACCCAAGUGCUCGGUCAUGGCGUCAGCAGUGGCUCAGGUGUAUGUGGGGUCCAUGGAGCCCAGGGGUCAUGAGGCUACCUGGAGGUGUGCAGCCAGUGGUGUGGUCUGCCUGGUGAAUGACCAAUCACUGCACUCUUACUAUCUGCGUCUCUACAGUGUCAAGAGAGCAAAGUUGCUAUGGGAACAGGAGCUCUACAUCCCCUUCAGAUACUCUGCACCCCGCCCCUUCUUCCACACCUUCCCUGCAGAUGAUUUUCAGGCAGGCCUGAACUUUGCAGAUGAAGCGGAGGCAGAAGAAUUUCUCUCUGCAGUCAGGACACACAUCAAAAGUGCUCGGGACGAGGACUCUUCAGCAGAGAUGACCCAUGACCACACCCUGGAGCCCUUUUCGGAACAGGUCGCCCGGUCAAUGUCGAACAAAUCUGAGAGCAACCUCAACUAUUCCAACAACAACCCAGAGAAAAGCUUUAAUGGGAAUACCCUUGGCCCGGCCCAACAGACGGUCAUUGUGAAGGCCGGGAUCAAUGACACUGUUCUGAAGCGCAUACACAUCUCCAGAAACCCCCCCAUGGCCGAGCACCAGGGUGGACUGAAGGCUGCGCAGAAGGGCUCCCAGUCACAUCAACCUCAGAGUCCUCCUAAAUGCAGACGUGCUGUUUCAAGCCUGGCCCUGACAAAAGGCCCACUGCCCCCCCUCCCUGCCCAGGCAAGGCUGCCUCCUGCAAGGGAGUCACAGUCUAUGUCCCAAAACAUCCGCAAAGAGGGGCCCUUCUCAGCCACACCCGUCGCCUACGACGCAAUUCCCCCUCCACCCUCAAUGCCCGCUCCCAGAUUGCCAGCACUGUCCGCUGUAAAUCGCAAGUGACUCCUGCCAGAGGAUUCAUCUAACCCUGCUAACUGCACUUGGGUAAUGGGGAGCACAUCUAAGAUGGUGGGAUGCAUCUUUCUGGAUUUCUGAUUCUUUUGGAUUUCUGAUUCUUUGGGAUAUCUUGGGAUGGGUGGUAUUACCAAAAAGGUUUUUCCAUACUUGGGUGCUACAUUGACAUAAUGCUUCAAUAUGGUUAAUAAUGAAACAAAAGAUAAAAUAUAUAUAUAUAUUUUUUUUUAUUAACAUCGGUUUUUCAGUUUCUAUAUUGUAAAGUUCAUUAUUAUUAUUAUAUUACUAUGUAUUAUAUUACAUAAUCACACUGGGGCAUAUGAUUUAAACGGUGAGAGCAUAUGCAUGCAAAUAAAGAGUAAUUUAAUUUAUUCACAGCAGUGCAUUUACCCAUUGGUUGGUUUGUCCAUUGUCCUGACCCAUGAGCAGCAGCAAGAGGAACGGUCCCUUUCAACUGUGAACUAUUACCAAAGCUGCCAGGCCACACUGCUCGGUGUCUGCUGGCUGCCCUACUGUCCUCUCCUAAAGGGGCCUGCCUCCUCUCCAUCCAGUCUCUUCUUUAUCCUUCAUCAGUAGUGGAAUGAGGUCCCCACUACAGUCAGGACAGCUGAGCCAUUUCCUGUCUUCUGCUGAAGACUGAGAACACACUUUUUUAAACCGCUUCUUAGCUCUCCUAAUGCUGGAACAUUUGGCAUGGGUAUAGCCUUCUAGUCAUACCUAUUGGAAGAUAUGUUGGGCAGAAUCUGUGUGUGCUGGCCAAAUGGUCCCUUGAUGGUCUCUUAUUAGCAUUCUAAUAGAAUAGCUACCGGGAGUGAGAGAUCAGGAUC